GCUAUCGCAAACCUGUAAAAAAGGAAAUACUCUAGUAAGUUUGACGUGAUGUCACGUGAUUCAAGAUGGCGGCGCCCAGCUAAAAGUUUGCGGCUUGCCGAAUGUCCAGCGACAAAGAUCAAUCUUAAAAUUCAAGACCACCGGAUCCAAAAACGAUUUCAGUCACAAUGGUUUACACCCAUGAGAUAGCCGUCCUGCACUCUGCAUUCGUCCUAGCAGAACAACAGAGCCACACGCCUCUCCACGACCUUGACAAACCUAGUGCCAAGGUCACAGCUUCUCAGCUCCGGCCAACCUGUCAAGAAAUUGUGAGUGGACUUGAAAUGGCGCACAAGCAGUUUCAGCAAGACCACUGGAGUUACAAGCUAACUGCUAUCCUGCUGGAGAAGGUCUUGGAUGGAAAACAAGCAAAGCCAGACAGCUACUUCUACCCCAUAUGUUCAGUCUUACCGAGGAUAGGGAAAACUUUGUACUUUGAACUCAUCAAGUCCUUGAAGUGGGGAAAGUGGUUUGUGCAGUGUCUGAGGCAAGUACCAUGUCCAGUAGCCACCUCUCUCCUGACAGACCUGUUCACACAUGUGCAACUGGAUCCCGAUGAGCAAGACCUGUCAAUCAUCACAACCAUCUGUCAAUCACUGUUAACCCCAUCACUUUCCGACCAAUCACCAUCCAACCAGGAAUGCCUCCACCAAUCAGGAGGGAGCAUUUCGUCUGAGGGGCUUCAGCAAACGGAAGCAGGGUUGAUCACAGUUUUCUUCCAAGAAGUAGACAAUCUUAUACCCUUUUUUGGUAAAGGAGAGCAGAGACUGAAACUUGUUUCCUCGUGUAUUUUGUAUACAUGCGGUAAACUGAGGAAAUGGAAACCCACAGAUCUUAGUGUUGAAGAUAGAAACAUUACACAACAAAUUCCCUCCAAGUGUGAACAACUUCGAAGGAUGCUGCCGACAGAUUCACAGUUUCUAACAGACAGGAAGAAGCUGAAGAAGUUAGUGUCAAGAAUAGAUAAAAUGGAACUAAGAGAUUCGCCAACAAUCCAUGAUGAAGAUAUUGAUAGAGAAACCAGUGCUGAAUCUUGUGUCAUUGUGGUAGAGUUUUUGCACAAAGUUCUAAUCAAGUUUCACUGGCUGGACAAUCUAGACUCAGAUGUCCUGGGUUCAGAGCUUGUACAGGUAGCAAUAACACAAUCAUCGGUUGAUUGCUUGGUCUCUAUUUGUGAACGUGGGGAGGAAGACUCAACAACAACAAGACUGUAUAGCUUUAUAAGGGAGUUAUGUGACAUGCUGCAACCAUGUGUGGUGAGAUGGAAUAAAAGCAUACCUUCUUAUGCUGCCAUGGAAACUGUUGCCAAGGAAAUAAGGGUUGAAAAGGAUGGAAUCCACAUCCAAACUGCGCUUCAGAAAAUGAAUGAGAAGCUGAAUGGAUAUGAAGAAUGCCUGGAUUGGAUGCUGAACAACAGUCAGGAGUUGUAUAAGGAUCCAAGGUGGAUAGAUGCCUUGGAGAGGAAUGUAGACAUCUUGUCAAGUUCCAGGAUUGUCCUAUCUAUAGCAGAAAUCAUCAGUACUCUGAGACGACAAGAUUCAGCUGGGACAGAGGUCCUAGAGACACUAAGGAAGGUGCUGACAGCUGCGUAUGCCCAGCUGCCCCUGCACAGCCAGAACACUGUUCUGCUGCAGGUGAUGACCAUAUAUGGAACAGGCCUGCUGUGUUCCGGACUGUACCAAGUAGAGGUGGAGGGGGACAUCAUCACGGCCUUCAACAGGAUGGUUCUAUUGGGGGAGGGGCAGGGAGGGGUGGAGGUAUUCAGCACCAUGUGUGGAGCUGCCCUCCAGGCUCCGCUGCUGUUCCUGAAGACAGCUGUCAAUCAAGCUGUCAAUAACACAGGUCAAGCCGGGGUCAUGUCAAAGCUGUUACAGGUGUUGCCUUCCCUGUGCACCUACACACCUGGCCCAGACUCACCUGCCCUGCUCUGUACCACACUCCGCGCCGCCGCAGGUGACCUUCGACCCAACACACGAGAGGAGAACAACCUCCUGGGCUUCGUGGAAAACCUGCUUCAGCCCUACAAACCACUGUUUGAUGUGACCUGCCCGUUCCUGUGUGAACCGCUCCUGUCUGCUCCAGACUUUGCCUCCCUGGCAGUUUUUUCGUACCUCUCACAACACUUCAGUCACCAGGAACAACAACUUCCACUCAUCACGGCACUCAAACUGCUGCAAGUUGUCUUACAACAACAAGGCCAACACAGGUUCCGUGACUGA